AUGUUGCGCAGAGCCAACCUCCUCUCCGUCUCUGUUCUUCUUAUCUAUCGUCGGCUUCAAAGUGACUCGGUGUGUUGUGUGUGUCGCAUAGCUCCAGAGGCGCAUCCUCGAAGACGGCAUCAUGGGCGUCCCCUCCACCCAGGCUAGCAAUGCCAUUAUCUACCUCACCUACGGUGCAUUCCUCGUGUUUGGUUGCUACAUUGCGUGGAGAUUGAGAAAGUCGACAAAGGGAGAAUACUUGGCCAGCAACAGGACUCAGACUGCAAUUCCUCUGGCUCUAAACUUCAUCGCGUCCGGUUAGUACAUCAAAAGAAUAGCAUCUUACGAAUCAAAGAUGCGGCAACAUAGCAAUCGCGGACCCAGCAACGCUUAGCAGGAUGGAUGUUACUUGAAAUAGGAUGAGUUAUGAAGAGGUUUGUAUUAAGAGAGACACGGUUGGCUCUUCCUCGAAUUCUUUCUACUCAAGGUAGUCUUCACUUCUUUGUGUGACUAUUGAGACAGAAAGAGGCCGAGGAAGACCAACGCGGCUUCACUACGGGCGCUGAAUCAAAGCAGUCUUUGAGGAUCCAACUCCUGAGAUUGCCUCGGGAGAGAUCUUUGAAUCCUGCUUAGAUGAAGCUGAGACUGCACCGUAAAUACUCGAUCAAGUUAAUGCUUGCGUGGGAAAGUGUUGCCGCUUUGAACGAUUCCCCCCUUCCCUCAUCCAGGAUGUGAUGGCUAACCUUGGAUGUUUUGCUAUGUCACAGCCCUUGGAUCUGGUAUACUGUU